AAGCGCGCGUUCGAAAUCGCGGGCGUUUGAUUUUUUUUUCGAUUUACGGACUAUGGAAAUAUAUAGUGCUGUGUGUGUGUAUUGUGAUUUUUUUUAUCUGUGCAAGGCAUGAUUUUAAGCGUUAAACCAUGGAAAAUGGCGAUUAUCAAGAGAUAACCGUGAAAAAGGUGAACCUCAGCCAUCGAGCGUUCGACAGAUUCGGUCAAGGUUUGGACAGGGUUGGCCACGUUGGACGAUUGGAGCCAAAUCUAUUGGAUCGGAUUACCUUUGAAAGCGAGAGGUUUAAAGGGAGUCAUAGUGAAUCGUCGUCUAGACGGAAUAGUGAUGAUGGAGGGAGGGCUAAAAAGGAGGGAUUUAGACUGGAUGGUACGAGCUCAGAGCCACCAACCGCAUGUAUAACAAGUCACAACGCGUGGAACGACCUAGCAAGUUCCACCUCUACCACUAGAACGGAACUUAGCCUGUCUGAUACUGCUGUUGAUGAUCAGUUACCAAGACGACGAAGCCACGACCUAACCCUCCCCGGGACUCCCCUCCACAGAGUCCCGUGGAAAUCAGCAGAUAGUCUAGCUUCUGAAACCGCUUUUGGCACGUCAUUGGCUAAUAUUAUUGAAAGUCCUGUUAAUAAGAGCGUGCCGUUCAUAGAACCAAAUGACAAAAAGGUAAGUCUUCGCGACGAUUUACACUCAAGAGACAGUUCAGAAGAGAGACGACGCCGCGGUUGGAGGCUAGUCAGAAAUGUGACGUCAGCAGCUAGUGCUUUUAUACCGAAGUUUAGGGAUCCUAUGCCUGGCACACCGUUGCCUAAUAAUGAGCCUAUACCAGAGAAUAAAGAUUCUGAAACACAAAACGAUAAUAAACCAACAUUUCCGACUUAUCCAAAUGAGAAAGAAGAUGUCGGUGAAACUAGUCUCGAAGGUCUAGACCCCGAUUCCUUAAUGUUCCGGGAUGGCAGGCGUCGUGUGGACAUGGUACUUGCGUAUGAAGAGGAGGACUAUGGGGUCAUGACUGAGGCUGAGGCUAAAAAACGAGAUCAUAGACGGACUUUUCAGGAAAACCUAAUAAAAGAAGGUCUAGAACUAGAACUAGAAAACAAAUGUCUAUCCUUCGAUGGAAAGACUUGGUUCCUCAAAAUCCACAUUCCAUGGAAGACUGAGAUGAGAUUAGCCGAAGUGAUCGGCAUGAAGUUGCCUACGAAGAGAUUCAUAACUAUAUCUGUUAGAGCUUGGAGCGACGAAAAACAAGCGGAAAAAGAUAAGAAAUUCUACACAAAAUGGCGACGAAAAUGGAAGCAAUUAUAUGAAUAUGAACACAGUAGAAUCGAACCUGAACCUUCGUUUUUCACAGCCACUGAACGUCCGGGAGUAAGAAGGGAGGAACAAUUUCUAGUCAAAGACCGACACACGCAGUUCUCGCCGGCACAACGCAGUUUGUUGGUCAUGCAGAUUUUAUUAAGGGCUCGAUAUGAUAAUAAUGAGACUAAGAUGGGAAUUCGAAGGCUACUAAAUGAUGGAACCUAUUUAGCAUGUUUUCCACUGCAUGAGGGUAGAUAUGAUUCAGACAGUACUGAUAAAUCACAGACAGACAGACGGUUGCUGUACUUAGAAUGGGCCCGACCGUGCAAAUGGUAUAAGAAACAACCUUUAUGGCUUGUUAGAAGGUAUUUUGGCGAGAAAAUUGCAUUAUAUUUUUGCUGGCUCGGCUUCUAUACAAAGAUGUUAUAUGCCCCAGCCAUAGUUGGAACAUUAUGUUUUUUGUAUGGUCUGGCUAGUAUGGACUCUGGGGAUAAUAUACCGAGCCAAGAAAUAUGCGACGGCAAGGGCCCAGGCAAUACAACUCUAUGUCCCCUUUGUGACAAAGCGUGUCAAUACCAACGUCUAUCUGAUUCCUGUCUUUUUGCCAAACUGAGUUAUCUCUUUGAUAACCCCGCUACUGUAUUCUUCGCUAUUUUCAUGUCUUUCUGGGCGACAACAUUCUUAGAAUUAUGGAAACGAAAGCAAUCCGUCUUAAGAUGGGAAUGGGAUUUAGGUGGUGUUGAUCAAGACGAAGACCUCCGUCCGGAAUUCGAGACCUCAGUAAAGACGUUUCGAACGAACCCAGUGACAAGGGAAAAGGAGCCUUUUCUACCGCCCUGGCAGAAAACUAUGAGAUAUGUGGCCACCAGUUCUGCUGUACUUUUUAUGAUAGUUGUAGUAAUGGGUGCUGUAUUAGGCACUAUAAUAUAUAGGAUAUCCAUGGUAUCAGUUAUUUAUGGAGGGAGUGGUUUCUUUUUGAAGAAACACGCCAAAAUAUUCACCGCCAUGACGGCUGCGUUGAUUAACUUGAUAAUUAUUAUGAUAUUGACUAGGAUAUACGCCAAAAUAGCAUUAUACUUGACAAACAUAGAAAAUCCAAGAACGCACACAGAGUAUGAAGAUUCCUACACUUUCAAGAUAUUCUUCUUUGAAUUCAUCAAUUUCUAUUCAUCCCUUAUCUAUAUUGCUUUCUUCAAGGGCCGUUUCUACGACUACCCAGGUGAUGACCAAGCUAGAAAAUCCGAAUUCUUCAAACUAAAGGGCGACAUUUGUGACCCGGCGGGAUGUUUGUCAGAAUUAUGUAUACAACUCGCUAUAAUAAUGAUUGGAAAACAGUGUUUCAAUAAUUUCGUGGAAUUGGGCUAUCCAAAACUCCACAAUUGGUGGCGUCAAAGAUCACAUAGAGCGGUAACAAGGGAUCCCAGUAAACCGCACAUGGCCUGGGAACAAGACUAUCAUUUACAGGACCCAGGCAGACUCGCGCUAUUCGACGAGUAUUUGGAGAUGAUACUCCAAUACGGUUUCGUUACAUUAUUCGUAGCGGCAUUCCCUCUAGCACCAUUAUUCGCUUUACUCAAUAAUAUUGCGGAAAUCAGAUUAGACGCGUACAAAAUGGUGACACAAGCGAGACGACCGUUGGCUGAAAGAGUCGAAGAUAUUGGCGCUUGGUACGGAAUUCUAAGAGGCAUCACAUAUGCGGCUGUUGUAUCGAAUGCUUUCGUCAUAGCGUAUACAAGCGACUUCAUUCCAAGAAUGGUGUACAAAUAUGUAUAUUCUCCAGAUUAUACAUUAUCUGGAUAUAUAGAUCAUUCUUUAUCAUUAUUCAACACAUCAGACUACAGAGAAGACUGGGGUGCUGAUGAGAACGAAGUCGACCCCCCCACGUGUGCGUACCGGGGUUACCGAAACCCCCCUGACCACGCUGACCCCUAUGGCCUAUCACCUCAUUAUUGGCAUGUGUUUGCUGCUAGAUUAGCCUUUGUGGUUGUUUUUGAGCACGUAGUAUUCGGUCUAACCGGUCUGAUGCAGUUGUUCAUACCAGACGUGCCAACAGAACUCCGCACGCAGAUACAAAGAGAAGCGUUAUUGGCGAAGGAAGCGAAGUAUGAGCACGGGAGACGCCGUCUGUCGACUGAGUACAGACAACUUAUAACGCAGAAGAGUGAGAAUGCAGCAGAACGCCAAGGCCCAUGGCUACGGCGUCCAUCUCGAGCGUCUGACGGUCUUGACGCACAUGUAGCUGUCACACAGCGGCCAUCUUCGCCACAGAUAACAGACUAAUUAAAACACAGACAUAGUAAAUAGAAUACGAAUAAUACAGACAGACAGAGAGUAAAUAAAUUAUAGUAAUACAGUAUUGUAUAUUUAUAAUAUUUUUUAUUACUUCCGAAUUUCACUACAUUUCUCAUAUAUGUAUAGUGAAAUAUGGAACUAAUGCCGUCAUCUUAUGAAACGACAUUUCAGAUCAUUCAAGCUUCAGUUCAACAGAUUUUUAUGUAAAUUCAUUGUAUUUCACGAGUACCCUUGCAUUUGGACGACAAUCCUACUUAAUAUUAUAAAUGCGAAAGUUUGUGAGGAUGUGUGUGUGUGUGUGUUUGUUACCUACUCUUUCA